GUGUUCAGGCUUCUACCGGGGCAGCUAAAAAGAGGACGUUGCUUGCCUGUUCAUGUGUUGAUUCACUCUACUUGUUGUCAGAGCACAGGAAGAAGCUGUUGCCUUUCUGCAUGAAACUGCUCUGCAAACAUGGCAGCUAAAAUCCAGAGUUUGACAGAAGAGGAGCGAGCUCACUUUCUCCCACUGUUGCAGAAUGCCCAAUGGGUGGAGGUGGUAGGACGGGACGCCAUCUACAAAGAGUUUCUUUUCAAAGAUUUUAAUCAGGCUUUUGGUUUCAUGUCCAGAGUGGCACUACAAGCAGAGAAGAUGGACCAUCAUCCCGAGUGGUUCAAUGUUUACAAUAAGGUGCAGAUCACCCUGAGUACUCACGACUGCGGAGGGCUCUCGCAACGUGACAUCACUUUGGCCAACUUCAUUGACCAAGCCUCCUUGAUGUGACAACAAAGUGGAGAAACUAUGUGUGCCUAAAAUACCCAAAGAGUUAAACUUUUUUUGCUGGUAUUUACAAUUGUGCUAAGUGGCGUGUAAAGUGUCAAAUGUGUUUUUACAGCUGUUUGUUUGUGUACCUGAGGAAGCGUCAUUGUGUAAUGUUCAUCUUUCAGAAAUUAUUUUGCUAGGUUUUUCAAAAUAAUUGUCUUCAAUUUCAAUCAAAUGUGACACACUAUGUAUUGGAGAAAAAUGGAUAAUUCCAAACGAGGGUUUGGCUAUCAUUCAUUUCAGUACAUCUGGAGCUAGUACUGUAUAUUGGCUUCAAACAUCUAAAAUAGUUUGUUGCAAAUCUGUCCUUUCUUCAUCCAAGAAAAAGAUUCCCUCCAACAAAAGAGCAAAAAAAAGCACAGUAUAUGUAUUUUAUUGAAAACAACACUAAAAGAUUCCAAGUUAUUAAAUCUUAACACUCAACUGCUCAUUAUUGAUGCUUUUAACGUCUUGAUUGUAGCAAAAACAGGGGCUGUUAGAAUGCAACUUGGAGGAAUACAACAAGCACAUGGAAAAUUUGAAGCUGCGUAUUGUCCUGACGUAUACAAAUCAGACUUGCAACCAGACUAAAAUCCUCCCCAAGUUCAAAUAGUAUGACGAUUGUGCCCACCCCCUCUAAAGCGCAUUGGACCUUAAUGACAUUUGAUAUAAGACUGAAUCCCUGAGGGUGUUAAGAGGAAAUAAAAGUAGUAUGACCGGAAACCUCUGUAGGCACAGAGGUGAACACUCAUUAUUGUGUCAUCAUA